AUGGUAAAUUCGCUAUCUAUUUGUAGCUCUCCAGUGGCCACAGCAACAAAAGAUAUAGUCAAAGAACACAACAGUUUUCGUCGGUCCUUCUCCAACAAAGAUUUGUGUCACCAAUCGAAAAUCCGAAGGUCGUACUCAGACAACCACAUCUGCUACUCUGUCAAUUGCAUUCGCGCCUCGUCCUCCUCAAGCCCACCGAAACUCAAAAGUAGUCCUUCUGUUGGAAUCUUUAACUUUCAGUUCUCGGGUUCGAUUAUUCCAAACUCUCUCCGGUCAUUUCUAUUUGAUCCGGAGACGAGCAAGGGGAUGAAUGUAGUGGAGAACCCACUGGAGAGUGAUGAAUUUGAGAUGAAGAUAGAAGAGAAGAAGAGGUCAAACUGGAUCGAAAGGCUCCUAGAAAUUCGAAGUCAUUGGAGAGACAGACAGCAGAAAGAUGACAUAAAUGGCGAUGGAGGGGACGACAAAUUUUGUGAUGAAGAUGGAUUUAACGAUGUUUGCGAAGUAGACUACAGUGACGAUGAGGAACAAGAAGGGAAGAUAACCAUUGAUCGAGGGUCAUUCUCGAGGUUGUUAGCUCAUGUAUCUUUGUCUGAUGCAAAGCUUUUCUCUCAACUGGCUUUCCUGUGCAACAUGGCUUAUGUGAUACCAGAUAUCAAGGACACUGAUUUAAGAAGAUACUAUGGCCUGGAUUUUGUAACGUCUUCCUUGGAGAAGAAAGCAGAGGCAGCAAUACUCAAAGCCAAACUUGACCAGGACUCCACUAGUGUACCUUCGGCUACCUCCGCAGCUAGUUUAUUGUCCAAUUCAGAGAAAUCCAGAAACCCCGAGCAGAAACGUCCAAUCCGUCCAUCUGUUGCUUAUGACAUUGCUGCUUCUGCUGCAUCUUAUGUCCACUCUCGUGCCAAGGACCUUUUAUCCCUUGGCUCUGAGCCCCAACAGGAGGGUGAUGGUGUGGUAUCACGCGACAAAGGAGACCACUCACAGGAGGAGGAAGGGAACUCUGCCUCACGGGUGUACAAGUCAGAGAUGGCUGCAUAUGUGGCAGCAUCAACAAUGACAUCAGUGGUUGCCGCAGGCGAGAAAGAAAAGCAGGAGGCUGCAAGAGACCUUCAAUCACUUCACUCCUCACCUUGUGAAUGGUUUGUUUGUGAUGAUCUAAGCACAUGCACUCGCUGUUUCGUCAUUCAGGGAUCAGACUCAGUGGCAUCAUGGCAUGCUAAUCUCUUCUUUGAACCCACCAAAUUUGAGGAGACAGAAGUUAUUGUUCAUAGAGGAAUUUAUGAAGCUGCUAAGGGAAUAUAUGAGCAAUUCAUGCCAGGAAUUAUGGAACACUUGAAUAGAUACGGGGAUCGAGCAAAGUUUCAGUUCACUGGUCAUUCACUUGGGGGUAGUCUUUCUCUACUAGUCAACUUAAUGUUAUUGGCAAGAAAGGUUGUCAAGCCAUCUGCACUCCUGCCGGUUGUUACUUUUGGAUCACCAUUUGUCUUCUGUGGAGGGCAAAAGAUCCUUGAUGAGUUGGGUUUGGAUGAGAGCCAUGUUCAUUGUGUGAUGAUGCAUAGAGAUAUCGUCCCGAGAGCAUUCUCCUGCAACUACCCGAACCAUAUCACGCAACUCCUCAAGCGAUUGAAGUCCUUCCGGUCCCACCCUUGUCUAAAUAAGAAUAAAUUGUUGUAUUCUCCAAUGGGUAAAGUAUUCAUUCUCCAACCGGACGAGAAUUCAUCUCCUCCUCACCCUUUACUACCUUCAGGAAGUGCCCUAUAUGCCCUGGAACAAAACCAAUGUGGUUCCACCAAGAGUGCACUUACGGCCUUCCUCAAUUCUCCCCACCCACUAGAAACACUAAAAGAUCCCACAGCUUAUGGCUCGGAAGGUACUAUUCUCAGAGACCAUGACUCGAGCAACUAUCUAAAGGCAAUGAAUGGGGUUAUAAGGCAACACAGGAAGAUGGUUGUCCGGAAAGUGCGAAAACAGAGGAGUCUCUUGUGGCCUUUACUGACUGCACAAUCUCCACAUGCUUGGAGCCAAGGACAAAAUCUUGAGAACAAUCGAAUGGUAACCAAGGAGGUAAUGACCAGCGCUUGAAGUUCUUUCUGAGGUCAAAAGAAAACAUAGAGAGUGUACCUAAGAGUUCAAGUUCGGGAGUCCCUGUUUCAUGUACAUUCUGUUUUAGGUUUUAGUUUGUAACUGUACUUUUAUGUUUUUUUAGCAGUACAGUUGCUAAUAUUGUUAAUAAAAUGUUCAUGUAACUUGUAAAAAUGUUAUCCACAAAUUGUCUCUUGAGUUGGGGAAAAUCUAAAAUCUUUGGAGACUGCCAUUCGGUUCAGGUGCUACUG